AUCAAACUGGGCUGGUUGGUGGAGUACCUUACCUGACCUUCCAUAGUUCAAGGUCAGGAAUCAAUACACCUGCUGUCUUAGUACUCAGCGACAGGCUACGAGAUUGAGUUCGAAUCUCAGCAAGCGCACCAAGAGAUGGUGAUCCCUGUGUUUCCUACGUAUAUCUUACGAGUAAGCAUCCGUUUCCACGGAUAGGACAGUGCAAGCUGCAUUGAGAAACGGUACCGAGCCCGGAUCAGCGCCCCGCAUACGCCAUCGGAGAAAGGGUAAGCAAAACCCACAUCUGAAUCGGCCCGCCGCCCGAGCUUUCGCCGCGUCGUCUCUCAGCUCUUGUCUGUCCUGUCCUGCCCUUGCUUGACACAAUCCGCAAAUGCUCGUCUCGCGAGUAACCGCAACAACCAUCCUCCUCACCCUCCUCGCGCCCUUCACCGCCGCCACACCGCAACAGGAACAACAACAACAAGAACAAAAGCACCUCGAGCAGCAGGAUCCGCUUUCUGAGGCAGAAGAGCUCCACCCCCUGCCACCUCAUCACCCUUCUCUCGCAGGCAUCGCAGAAGCGCAAGGUCCCGACUUUCUCUCACCCCCUACCACCUACGAAGCCAUGUCGUCCUCCGUCGCCCGGACGGCCCCGCUCGUGUUCCCGGCCGCGGGAAAGCACACGGCUACCGUCAUCUUUGCUCACGGCCUCGGCGAUACGGGCCACGGCUGGGCGAGCGCCGUUGAGAACUGGCGGCGGAGGCAGAGGCUUGAUGAGGUCAAGUUUGUGCUGCCUCAUGCGCCUCAGAUCCCCAUUACCUGUAACUGGGGCAUGCGCAUGCCGGGUUGGUUCGACAUUGUAAGUCGCGCUACAAUCUUCGACCGCCACCGCCAACAACAGGCACAAGCAUCUUCAUCAUCCUCAUCGUCGCCCAAGCUAACCACCACCCCCCACCCACAGAAAGUCCUCGACGGCACAGUCGAGGCCCUCCGCGAAUCCGAAGACGAGCGGGGGAUCCUCGCCUCGUCAGAGUACUUCCAGCAGCUCGUCCAGGCCGAGGUGGACGCCGGCAUCCCCGCCGAGCGCGUCGUCCUCGGCGGCUUCAGCCAGGGCGGCGCCAUGGCCAUCUUUUCGGGUCUGACGGGCAAGCACCGCAUCGGCGGCAUCGUGGGCCUGUCGUGCUGGCUGCUGCUGAGUAACAAGUUUGCCGGGCUGGUCCCCGAGGAGAAGGCGAACCAGGAGACGCCUGUGUGGCUGGGCCACGGCGACGCGGAUCCGCUUGUUAGGCCCGAGUUGGGGGCGCUGAGUAUGGAUGCGUUGAAGGGGCUUGGGUAUAAGGUGUCGAGGACGCUUUACCCGGGUAUGGGCCAUGCUGCUUGCCCUGAAGAGUUGGACGACGUCGAAGCCUUCUUGUUGGAGAGACUCCCGCCUACUCAGAAGUAGGGUGCUGUUGGCAGAGAUCUUUCUAGGAAAAAGGUAGCUGGAAGAUGUGUUUAUGUAUGUAGAAAGAGCACGAGGCAACUGAAGGGUAGACAGAGCCACGGAGCCGGGAGGGGAUGGUCUUUUUUCGACAGAGAACAUGUCCGAUAGACCCAGUCUUGCUCAUGAUAAACAACAUGCCAUGA